GGAACUGCUAAGGAGACAAUGUACUUCCCAGAGCCAAGGAUCCGAGUGUUAAUGAGUUCUUUACUAGGAAAAGAGGAGGCGCUGGGUUGUCCUGUGGCUCUUAACCUGCAGUUUGGCAUCACCAGGAUCAGGCACUGAGGGGCCAGAUGAAUGGGGCCUCUGUGUGGAGAUGAAAACACUGAGCAUUUCUCUUCAAGUUGCUGGAGUGAGAAGAACAAAUUAGAUUAUUAAUGAUCAUGUGGUAGUAUGAGCCGACAGUCUAUUUAGUUUCACUGUUAAAACAAAUGUGGUUUUGAAUGAUGUGGGCUUUUCCUCUUUUUAUUUAUUUGGCAAAGAAUAUUCAUGACGGAUAUCAAUAAAGACCACGUCGGUGAUUCAGCCUCCAAAGCUGCCCCCGGCAUGCUAAAAGGCAGAAAAGGACAUUUAAGUGGCUGAGAGUGAGAAGAGAGCCUGGAAGCCAAAUUAUAAACUCAUUUCAACUCCUGGCCCCGCAGGCUCCGGAGGGUAACAUUAUUUGUUGUCAAGGAUGGAAACAACUCAGAUUCGGGUCCAAGUGAUUAUUCGAUCUUGGCAUUGCUGCCGUUCUGCCAACUGCAAUUCCAUUUCAACACAGAUUAAUUCGCCAGGCAGGGACGGAAGUGGCUUUUAGGAGAGGCGUUGCCGCGGGGCCCCGGCUGGCCCACUUGCAGGAAAGUGGUGAGAGUGUGUGGACACGGAUGGCUUCCCAACUUCUACGGUGACGCUCCUCACACUUGUACUGACUGAGUGUCAAUGCCGCAGAGAAAACCUUCAAAUGUAACGGGAGGGGGGAACAAACACGUGACAGCCCCGCUCUAGCACCAGGAGGCCAACGCGGCGGAGCAGGGGGACUAGUUAGUGGUUGCAGACCUCAGCAGCUUAUCAGUCUUUUCUUUGUCCUCGUAUAACCACCCUGGAACUUUUUUAAUUCCUGCGUGUGAAAAGGGAACCAUAUAGUAUUUUUUAUUUUUUGCUAUGACUUGAAUUAUAAAGACAAAUGAGAUGAAAUCACAAACUCGGGAAAGGACUCUGCGUGAAUAAGUUGAAGGUAGCAUUACUAACAUCUACUUAGCAGGGAGGCUCAGUCCCCUCCAGAGUAUUUUCCUCGCCUUCGCUUCCCGGGUGUUUUGCUCCUACCUCUUCCCCAUCUGCGUCGAUCUCCGUGGACCCAGGGGCGGCUCGAUUCCUUUCCAUUUCAAGGAGAGAAGUCAAGAUAUUAUUACCCAGUGAAAAAAUGAUGUAGUUUCCUCGUAACCUUCUUUUCCUAUACUUCAGGUUCCCUCUGGAAGGCUAUGAUGGGAAUGAGCGUGACAACUUGGACGGUUCCCCUGACUCGUUGCCUCUGCCUGGAAGUUCAUCCUUUAGAAGUCAGGAACCUGCUGCCCUUGGUGGUGGACUCCCAGGAACAAGACGCUGUGUAGACCGAAAUGGAUGAGAGCAGCUCGGGGACCCCCGGACGUGUGCUCCCUGUGGUCUAGUCCAGGGACGCCCCUCGCGGGCCGGGUGGUCUGGGAUGAACGCCGUGGCUGCUGGACGCGUGGCUGAUCCCUGAGCGAGGAUGGUGCGCCGGGGGCUGCUCACCUGGGUCUCCCGGGUUGUGGUCUUGCUUGUGCUCCUCUGCUGCGUCGUCUCUGUCCUCUACAUGCUGGCCUGCACGCCAAGGGGCGACGAGGAGCAGCUGGGGCUGCCCCGGGCCAACGGCCCCACGGGGAAGGACGGGUACCAGGCGGCAAUGCAGGAGUGGGAAGAACGUCACCGCGACUACAUCAGCAGCCUCCAGAGGCAGAUCACACAGCUCCAGGAGGAGCUGCGGGAGAGGAGCGAGCAGCUCAGGACCGCGCAGCGUCUGACGGGGGACCCCGCGGGCCCCCCCGGGAGGGCCCAGGCCGACCUGCUGGCCUUCCUGCGCUCCCAGGUGGACAGGGCGGAGGUGCACACCGGCGUCAAGCAGGCCACCGAGUAUGCCGCUGUGCCCUUUGACAGCUUCACCCUGCACAAAGUGUACCAGCUGGAGACGGGCCUGACCCGCCACCCCGAGGAGAAGCCCGUGCGCAAGGACAAGCGGGAUGAGCUGGUGGAGGUCAUCCAGCUGGCCGUGGAGGCCCUGAACAGCCCGGCCGAGAGCAGCCCCGACCAGCGUCCUUACACGGCCUCGGACUUCAUCGAAGGCAUCUACCGCACAGAAAAGGAUAAAGGCACUUUGUACGAGCUCACGUUCAGAGGAGACCACAAGCACGAGUUCAGACGCCUUGUCUUGUUCCGACCGUUUGGCCCCAUCAUGAAGGUGAAGAAGGAGGAUUUGAACAUGGCCGGCACGCUGGUCAAUGUCAUCGUCCCACUGGCCAGGAGGGUGGACAAGUUCCGGCAGUUCAUGCAGAAUUUCAGGGAGAUGUGCAUCCAGCAGGAUGGGAGAGUUCAUCUCACCGUCGUUUACUUUGGAAAAGAAGAAAUGAAUGAGGUCAAGGGAAUACUUGAAAACACUUCCAAAGCCGCCAACUUCAGGAACUUCACCUUCAUCCAGCUGAAUGGGGAGUUCUCUCGGGGAAAGGGGCUGGACGUGGGCGCCCGCUCCUGGACGGGGCGCAACGUGCUGCUCUUCUUCUGCGACGUGGACAUCUACUUCACCUCCGAGCUCCUCAACACCUGCAGGCUGAACACGCAGCCAGGGAAGAAGGUAUUUUAUCCGGUCCUUUUCAGUCAGUACAAUCCUGGCAUAAUAUACGGCCAUCAUGACUCGAUCCCUCCCUUAGAAAAGCAGCUGGUCAUAAAGAAGGAAACUGGGUUCUGGAGAGACUUCGGGUUCGGGAUGACGUGCCAGUACCGGUCCGACUUCAUCAACAUAGGUGGGUUCGACCUGGACAUCAAAGGCUGGGGUGGCGAGGACGUGCACCUUUACCGCAAGUACCUGCACAGCAACCUCAUCGUGGUGCGGACGCCCGUGCGGGGCCUCUUCCACCUCUGGCAUGAGAAGCGCUGCGUAGACGAGCUGACGCCCGAGCAGUACAAGAUGUGCAUGCAGUCCAAGGCCAUGAACGAGGCGUCCCACGGGCAGCUGGGGAUGCUGGUCUUCAGGCACGAGAUAGAGGCCCACCUCCGCAAACAGAAACAGGAGACAAGGAGCCAGAAAACAUGAGCUCCCAGCGGCCCAUGUGGGGAGACGGUUUAUUUUUUUUCCUUUUGCAGUUACCAAAUGAAUGGCUGCAACAAGGAAAAGAUUGCCCUGAAGAGCAAGAAAAGAAUUUGACUGAUGAAAAGAAUUUGAUGAGUAAAGCAGGCGAGGGGAGAGCCUCCUGUUUCCCUCUGCCUGUUUAGCUUCUGCAACAGGAGCUGAAACCCCUCAACCUGGCUUGCAAAAACAGCCCAAACGCACCCGUCCGGUGUCUGACAAAGGCGGCCUGAUCGUGAGAUUGUGAGCCUAAUGGUGUGUUUACAGCAAAGCAAGAGCUGUUUGUUUUCUAUGCUUACUGAAAUAUUCAUGAACAAAGACCAGUUUUGUAAAAAGUUCAUUAGAAUGGAAGGCCAGCACAUCCCUCCCCAUCUGAGUGAUUAUCAGCGGGGCUGUAGUGUCUGGGAUGCUGAAAUGUCAGGAGGCCGGUGAGGAGAGACCGUGUGAAAUUCAAAGAUACGCUCAUCGUGAUCUUUGUGAAUAUAUCAAGCAAAACCAAAUGGACUAAAAACGAAAAAGAACCCAUAGCUAUUAUAUCAUCUCUGCCCAAGAUUAACCAAAAAUAACCUGCUCAUCCAUAUUUUUGGUUGUAGUUUUAACAAUCUGUUAAUUUUAUUUAAAAUACACUUUUUUGGCUUAUGAGUUAUAUUCUGCUUAUUUAAUUACCAGUUCGCAAGCCUUACUAAGAGAGCAUAAGUAGCUACAUUUUUACAUUUUUUUGAGAAGAUACUUUUAGCUGCAUUAUGAGAACUUUCAGUUCAGAGCAUGGGAUUGUUACCCACAUCCGAGGACUUGGCAGUGCCCUGCGGGCGCUGGACGGCAGACGGUCACCGUGGGGAAGGCAUGGCCUGGGGCUGCUGACCGAAUGAGACACAGGGAUACUUUAUCUGAAGAGUAUUUCCGGAGAGGAGCAACUGAACACUGGAGGGAAAGGAAAAUGUACUUUUUACCUUAACAGAAAAGGAAACAUUCAGACUGGUGAUAGAAGUCAGAAAACACAUUUUCUCCUCAGGGGAACUGGGGACCACUUUCUUACCUGUUUAAAUAAACCAAAGCUGACUGUGUGAACCAAACAUUCUCUUUUCCAAGCAGGGUGCUGUUCCUGGCUUCUGGCUUCCACGAGAAGAAACGCAGGAAAAUGUCUUUUGUGAAAGGUCGCUCCAUCUGCCGGCAUCCAGCGGGACGGAGGACUGUGCUGUGUGUUCACCCACCCCAGCCAAGGGGCAGUAACUAACUAUUUUUUAAAUUAAGCUGUUCUACCCAGUCAACCAAGAUGCUUCUGAAAAUUGCCUUUUAUUAUAGUUUCCAACUAUUUAAAAACAAAAUAAACGCAGUUAACAUUGA